AUGUUAAAUACCAGCAACAUCACAGGUAACGAGGACCUCAGUAUACAGUCGUUAGGAGCUGCUGUGGUUGGGGUGAUAUUGUACAUAAUUGGAUUGCCAGCAAACAUUCUUUUGAUUGUGACUUUUACCCGACUCAAGCGCCUACGUGUUACCCACAAUUUGUUCACUGUGAAUUUGGCAGUAUGCGAUACAUUUUUAAUCGGUAUUCUACUGCCUAUCACUUUCACAACAGCUGCUACCGGAAGUUACCCUCUUUCACCGGACGCAUGCUUAAUCGCUGCAAUGUUUUCGUAUUUGUGUUUCACUGGCUCUGUAAUGGCACUUAUGUGUAUAGCAAUCAGUCGCUAUGUUAAGGUUUGUCAGAGUCAAUAUUACAACAAAGUUUUCAACAGGAUGUCGUUAUGUGUGUUUUGUACCGGAAUAUGGUUGGUUGGAUUGAUUUUCGCGAUACCGUUGCUAAUCCUUGAAGACGGUUUUUUCAUGGAUGUUACCCUGCACAUGUGCGUUUUUAACCGUUACAAAUACAUGAUAUAUUCUAUAACAUACAUGUUUUUCUGUCUGAUGCUACCGAUUUCUCUAACGGUGUUGUGCUAUGGAAUGAUUUAUCGAUGUUAUAGGAAAUCAAAAUUAAGACUGUACCGGAACUGGAAUAAUGGUCUUGCGCAGACUCGACUUAAACACGAGGACGCCAUAAGCCGAGCCCAUUUUGCUGUGUUUGCAUCCUAUCUGUUACUGUUGAUGCCGUUUGGAUUAGUAGCUAUGUUCCAGAAAGCAGAUGAUAAUCCUAGAUUUAUGCAUCUCCUUGUUAUAUAUCUAUGCUAUACAAAUAGUUGCGUCAAUACAAUUGUUUAUGGAGUUUUUAAUUCAAACAUACGAAAGGCUUACAAGGACUCAAUUCCAUGUUUUGGAUUUAAUCGUCAAAAGAGUGUUUUUUUUGCGAACUCUUUUCCGAAUCGAAGCGGAACAGUAAGGUCAAAAAGACGAGUUUUACCCGUUACCGGAUGUUCGGAUUCAUCAACACCAGAGGAACAUAGACAUACAGCUGACAAUAAUGACACGAAAUACUAGUUAAUAAAGGAAACACUUUAAUAACUGAUAGUAAGCCCAUCAUGUGUAUUGAACCAGCUAACAUACUUGUUGUGAGGGAUCUUUUUGGGUGUAACAUUUACGACGUACGUGUGUUUUGCGUUAUUCCUGUAGUUGGAUAAAUACUGUGAAUUUUGAACAGUUUCUGAAACACAACUAUAAAAUUCCACUUUCUUCCAUAACUUACAUCGGAAUCGUCACUCCAACCUCAAGCAACAACACUCCCAUGUAGCUAUCUAUAUAUAUAUAAGCUGUCAUUGGACAUUACUGUAAUCGUCAUUCCCUGAGACUAUUAGACAUUAAUGCAAUAGGUUUCGUCGCUCUCUUAGGUCAUUAGAAAUAAAUACUUAACGCUUUUGUCACACGCAAGUCAUUAAGCAUAACUGCUCUAGCUAUCGUCACUCCAGUUAUUGAAAAAAGCGAUUUGUUUCGUCAUUUUGAGUCCCUGGCUUAAGUUUGGUGUCAUGCGGGAAAUCUAUGUAGUAUAGAGUUGAUAUCCCUCUUUCUUUCGUGGUCACAUCUAAUGUAUGUUCGGCCUUUUUAGGGUCAUUGGCUCAGCAGGUAUAUGUCAUUCCCAGUUUAUUAUAUAUAACUGCAAUAGGUUUUGUCACUUUAGCUACAAGUCCAUGACUUUAUUUUGGUGUCAUGUUGGUCAUCUAUGUAGAAUACAGUUGAUAUCACCCUUUCUUUUGUAGUUACAUAUAUAAUAGUUUUGGGCCUUCCCGGGUCACUGGCCCAACAAGUUUAUGUCACGCUCAGUUUAUUAGACAUAACUACAAUAUAUAGUGUUACUCCCAGAUCACUGCAGAUAUAAAGUAGCUGCUUUAGGUUUCGUCACUUCCAUCCCCGGUUUUAUUAUGGUGACGUUUGGAGUGUUGAUGACAUGUGAAGUGUGAAUGGCAUGUGAAGUGUGAAUGACAUGUGAAGUGUUAAUGACAUGUAGAGUGUUGAUGACAUGUGAAGUGUGAAUGACAUGUGA